AUGGCAGCUCACUGUGAUUCUUCUGACCAUAAAACGCCAACAGCAAUGAACCGCAACUCUACAAACAGUGUCAAAACGACACAUCUCCUAUCAACUAUCCCAGCUCUUCACACAUUUGGUACCAUUGACAAUUCUUCGGAAAAUGUGGUCACUAAAACUCACCAAACGGGGGUUUAUUCCAUUCACACAAGAUUUUUUGACAACGAUGACAGUCCGACUGAGAACGAAGCUCAUCAGCCCCAAGUCCAAAUCACUCUCCGUCCUGUCGAAGCUCUCAGUCGAUUUGGUCACCUCAAUGAAGUAUCCAGAUUUAACACUCUUUGGACUAAAAAAGCAUGGACGUCGGAACUGUUGACUCUUCGAGAUCGUCAAGAGCUUGAAUCUAUCCCGACCUCGCGAAUUCAUAAUACAAAAUUCAAAUUUAAUGCCCUUCCUGUUGAGAUUCGAGAAAUGAUGUAUGAGUAUACUCUUCUCAGGCCUCUUGAGAGGAAAAAGAAAUCCGCAUCUAAGACACCCGUCUUUCUCAGAGCCCUAAAGAUAUACGGCGCACAGCAUCUGUAUAUUGAAGCAAAGACUACUUUCCAUUCUAUCAACCAAUUCACAUAUAAUAUUGUAAAAACUCUCAAGUUCGCGGACCCAGAAAUGUUCUCCUACGAACAUGGCGGAUUCGAAAUAUUUCUCACACACUCGUUGCCGAAGUUCGAAAGAUUAAUCAAUUUGAAGGUCGAAUGCGAGUAUGGCAAAUUUUUCACUUCAUCCUUUGUACAAAAUCAUGAUAAAUGGAUAUCCUUGUUGAACAAAAUGAUCACUGGGGAGAAUGGGGAAUCUGUACAGGGUAUACGGAUGGGAGAGGAGGAAACCAGUGGCACGACACCUAGUACCCCUACGUGGGUUUGGAAAGUUGGAAAUGAAGACUCGAGAGAACCUACGAUGCUAGUUGGCAUGAAAAGAGAGUUAAAUUUGGUUAUCAAGCAUAGAGUUGCUCAUGUCAAAUUUUAG